AUGCUUGAGGACGCGCUCACACAGAGUGCAGUGCUUGAUCAACGUCUCUUCCGUGACGAUGAUGUGCACUUGCACCGCAGCAUGAAGCGGCACACUCUCGCGCUCUCUCCAUCUGGCGGUGUACCGCAACUAGACUCAGAGUUCCCUCGACAGUUACUGCAUGGCAGAUGGCUCAUCUCUUUCGUUCGAGAGCGAUUCCUCACAUGUCGAGACCUUGAUGCAACGCUCAAAAACGGAGAUACACUCGCGCAGCCGAUGAUCAUAUGCGAAAUACCACAUGGAUAUGGCUUCUCCGAGAGCCUCGCUACAGAUAUCAUCGGCGAGAAUGGGUUGUGGCACGGUUGCUUAGCCUAUAGCACUUUCUCCGAGGAAAUACAAGAGCUUAUUAAUAUACACGUUCUCGAGGCGUCCGAGGUCGCUUCUGGCAUCGAAUUUACGGAGAUAUACAGCCUCGCUGCAGGCCCUCAGAUGCAAAAUCAGUCCCUGAAUACAGUUAACAUUGGUCCAACAGUCUUUUGCGUGACGUGGAAAGCUGUGUCCACGCCCCAGGAGGACUUGAAACUCGAGACACAUUUCCUUCUGUGGGAGUUCGGUGCAUCAACAACAGAUGUACAUGUUUAUUCUCUUGCGACUUUUAACGAUAACAUCCAACAAUCUGUGACCAGCUCUGGCUUCCUUAACCACAUCAUCCUUUCGAGAACUCAUCUUCUGAUGCUGGGCUAUUACGAUGAACCCGGGUGGAUGCCCAGACCAAACUCGGGCAUGUGGAUGUGUGCUAUUCCAUUGCGUUACGCAUUGUCUGCCAAUAAUUCGGAUCGCGCUAGAGCAGCAUACUUCUUUGGCUACCCGAGCCUCUGGCCGGCAUGACCACAUUGGGAUCCCCCAGCCCUACUGCGCGACUCCAUCCAAACGGUUCCCACAAGGUGUGCUAGUAGUAGCACACUCAUAUCCCUGGUUGGCACCCACAGUACCGAUCCCUUGGAUGGGACCUCCUACAAAACAGCUCUCCCUGUUUGUCAUGCACCUCACCAUACCG